UGCGCGAUCCGAGCGCUCCGCUCCGCGGCCCCGCGUUCCUCCGCAUCCGGAGGGAGGGGAACGGAACGGAGAGCGGCGGAACGGAGCGGGGGGGAGGGCUGUGACCCCGCCGGCACCGGGCGCUGCGGUUAGCUGCCGGGCAUGGGGCAAGGGCAGAGCAAGAGCUGCACCUGAGGAAGAGCAACUUUCCGUUGGCUUUUUUCAGAAGAAUGUGGUCUAUGGCAACGACCAGAGCGCAGAAAAUGUUUACGUUAAGGUGUUCACCAACAGCCCAACCCUGGUGUGUAUGGAUUUGACUCUUUCUCAAGAUGAAGUAAUAGAUCCCAGGUACUCGUGGACCGGCCCAGAUGGGAGGAAUUUAGAAGGGCAAGGAUACGCAAACCUCACAAGCUCUGGGGAGCUGGUGCUGCUGGGCUUCCAGGAGUCCAUGUCUGGAGCCUACAAGUGUGUGCUUUCCCACAGAAUCAUAGAAACCUCAACACAAAAAGAAGUAGCUGUGACCAACACCUACAGGUUCAUGGUGUACGCAUACAGGGAAGCCAACCACGUGUACCAGGUCUCGGUCCGUUUCACUUCGAAGGGAUGCGAGCUGGCAGCCAACGCGCGGUUCGUGGAGGAGCUGAAGAAGAUCCUGGAGGAUCUCAUCUCCGAGCUGAUGAGCCGCGUGGAGCAGCUCUCGCACCGCUGCCAUUCCCUCGAGGUUCCCCACCGGGGCUCCCCGAGCGAACUCUUCAUCACUUUUCAGGCCCACAGAUGGAGCCAGAACGCAGCGGCGGCGCUCGGAGCGCGCAGAGCAAAGCGGAGCUCCAAAGCCCCGAAGCCCCCAGGAGAAUUCAGCCCGGUGCCACCCCCGACCCCCCGGCACAUCUCAUCUCAUCUCCCCAUCACCGCUCCCGAUCCCGGCGGCACAAAUCGGUCCUGCUAUGGGGCAGCACCGCCGCUCUCCCUUUCCGAAACCAACACCCAGCAAACGGGGAGCUUUUCCCAAAGCACUGCUGGGCAGCGACGGAGAGGAGGAGAAAUCACACGCGAGAGGGAAAACGAGGGGGGCGAGAGGGCGGGGGGAUCACAGCAAACACCGAAGAAGGCGGCGCGGAUUCCAUUUGUCCUGGAACAAACCCGAAGAUGCGGGCAGGGCAUCGGCUGCAGGGGAUCCCCAAAGGAACCCCCGUGGCCACGCUUCUCUCCCCACGCAGUGAAUCCCUUUGCUCCGGGAUGGAAAGAUCUCUGCAGCCGCCUUCCUCAGGACUGCGAGGGCACCGCGAACCACAGAGCUCAGCAGGCAAGAGAGCGAAUAGGAGAGUUUUUCAGGAAGCAGACUUACGCUCUGAAGCACCAAUUUCAGACCAUCCCUGCCAUCCAUUACGUGGAGGGCAGCUUCUCCGUGACCCCCAUCGACAGCUGCCGCCCAGGAUUUGGGAGCGACGCCGUCGCCCACCGGAGCUGCGCCGGCUGCUGCGUGGUGUGCAGCCCUGGGACGUACAGCCCAGACAGCGCUGGCAGCUGCAGGCUGUGUGUGAGGCACCGCGCUGCGCGGUACGGAGCCAAGUCCUGCCCAUGAAUGUGGCACAGAACGCAGAAACAGGAGGUGUGAAAGCGUCGUCGGCCUCCUGACGGCCUCUUCGUGCUGAGCUCCUGCUCCUGGAACUCUACACGUGGUUUUUGAGCAGCGGCCGAGCUCCUCUGCUCGCAGCCCUCCUGCGUUUCCUGCAUUAAAUGAGGUGUUUGUUCGGGGUAAAGCAAUCGCUGUGUGUCACAGAGCUGCCGCUGCUCCCUGGGCUGAUCCCAAACACCACGCUGCGUCUGGGGGCACGGAGGGGUCCUGGCAGCAGAGCAGGACGGGGUCGUGUGUGCUGCAAUGCGAAGUUCCCCAGGUGUGAAGCACCAAAUCCUCGCCGUUUAGGAACACAAACGCGUUUCUCUUGGUUUUCUCCUUUUCUUUACAUCCUGAAGGUUUUGUUCUGCCCGGCGCAGGGCUGGGUGGUUCCUUGGGAAACCACUGCUGAUGCUGCAGGGCCUUCAGCACUGUGCAUCCAUCGACCAUGGAGAGGGGCUCUGAGAUGGGCCUUAAUGAAUUUGGCCCUAAUGAGCUCUGCAGUGCAGGUGGGAGAUGAAGAACGCUGCCCUUAUGGCUCAGCCUGUCUGCCAGGAAGGAGCGGCGCAGCAGAGGGAAGGAGGGAGAGUGGACAUCCAGGGAGGGACGGAUGGAGGUUCCUGAGCCUUCUCCACUAGGUGCUGCUGCAUCCUCUCCUCCAUCCAAGUACGGGAGGCACAGCCCCACUCACUGCACGGCAGCUGUGAGCUCCUGGGAUCGGCAGCGGGUCGAGAUAAGAGCUUCCAAAGCACUGAGAUAACCAGGGAGCUCAGCUCAGCAGAGAUUUGCUCCUGCUCGCUUUGGACGGCGAGCUGCUGUAUCUGCAAUCGAUUGUUUUGCUCAUUAAGCAGCAUUAGGACAGAUUCGACUCCAGUGCUUUCAGUCCAUCCCCAGCAGUGCUGCCUUCCCUCCCAUCCCACGCAGCGCGGGGCUCCAGCAGCCGUUCAUCAGAGCUGCCGCCCUCCCGUCUGCCCCUCAACCUCCCCAGGGGGCGCAGAGUUGCUCCCAGCCCCUCCUGCUCCCCGCUGUGGCACAGCUGAGGUCCCACCACGCGCAGGGCAGCGGCCCCAGCUCAGAGCACGGAGCUCUGUGCCGUCAGCCUGGCUCUGCGCUGCGCCAACCCACACAGAUGAGCGGCUCCCUCUGGGUGACCGCCGCGUCCCGCAGCACCCAGAAAUCCCUCCGUGGGUAUUCAUCCAAAAACCGACCAGAUUCCGCCCGGUUCAGCUUAUCCGUGCUGACAGCCGGGCAGCAGAAGGCGGUGUGGGCACAGACCGUGCUCAGAGCUUUUCGGAAUCAUCGCUUAUGAAGUGCUGAUGGAUAAGAUGUGCAUCUGAACCGCCCGUGGGGUGGCUGCUCCCACAGCCAACUGGACCCCAAUGCUGCCUGGGGGGGACGCAGCAGAAGGGCUCUGCUCCCUGCACUCCUCUUUGCCAGCAGAGGAAUGUCGCAGCCAUCAGCUGUUAGGUGAGGAAGCAGCAGGGGCGCACUGAGCACCAUUCAGUGCUCACCGCCCUCUCCUCCAACCCCUUUUAAAGCAGUGGGGUUGGAACAAAAUCCCGCAGCAGUUUAGCCUUAAGACCGUGGAAAAGUGAAUCAAACCUUUUGGCUUCGCACUGCGGAGGAGUCUGUGCCAUCAGACCAGUGCAGGACACAGCGCACACCUACAGGACGGGACCUUUUCUCUUCCACAACCUCAACAGCUCCCAAAGGGGGUCCCAGCCCCCCCAGGCUCUCCUGAAACCCGGCCUGGGGUGAGGAUGGGGGAGCCCUGAUGGCAAACAGGCAGAUGGAUGUGAGCUGCAGGAAGAUGACGGAGGCUCCAUCACUGCCACCAGCUGGGGCAGCCUGCCCAAAACCUCCCCGUGUCCCCUCAGAAAGGCUCCAGAAUCCUCCUAAAACCCUCCCCAAAAAUCCCCUCCAGAACUUCCCCUAAAAUCUCCCUCCCAAAAUCUCCCCAUAAUCCUCUCCAAAUCCGCUCCAAAUCUUCCCCAAAUUCUACCCAAAUCUCCCCAAAACCUCCCAGGAAUCUCCCCAAUUCACCCCCAAUGUUCUCCCCAGAGCUCUGCCCGAAUCCUCCCCCAAAUCACCCCCAGACCUCCUCCCCCCUGGCCCCGCAGUGCUCUCAGCCCGCUGCCUGCCUGCAUUUUCUUCUCAGCCCCGUCCCCAUAAGGGCAGCACGGCAGGAUUAACGCCUCCUUUGCAGGCAGUGAAUCGCCGCGAGUCGCUGUUGGAAGCGGUGCCACCGUAAAUGGGUUUUUUUGUGUUGAAAAUAAAUAAAUAUGAUCCUCUGGA